AAUAGAUCUGUUAAGCACAAAACAAAGCAUUCCAAUCGCCCAAAUAUUGAUCUUAUUCCACUAGUAGUAGUAAAGGAGUUUCAAACUGUACAUUUAAAGUGGGACGGAGGAAGUACCGUACUACUCUAUCAUGUUUCAUCUUGCCGAGAUUUUUUUGAAAUUGAGAAACGACGCGUGACGUCGCGCGACAUUUUCCAAGUGUUGAAGAUGUUUUCGAUCGAUGAUUUUCGUUGGAAGAAUCAUCAAAACAGAGAAGCUAUCAGUCGCAUCAUCUUGACAAACGGCAGCGCCUAUUCACAAUACAAAAUAGGUUAUCUCUAUAUUGCCAUCGAGAACAGCUCUUCUAUAUUGCGAUACAAAAUGAAAGUGAUAGGAAGUUCAGAACGAGUCGCUUCCUGGGCGUUUGCUUUGGUUACUCUAGCUUUGUCCUUUUCGAUAACGUCGCCGUUCGUCAUCAAACAAAAUACUCGAACUUCGGCGUGGCCCAGUCGAUCAGACGCAGCGGCCACAGAUGUUCAUGAAGACUCUAUGGACAACGAAAGCCGCCGGAAUUUCUUAGGAAGAGCUCCGGCAUCUGUAAUGUCAUGCAUGCUUGCUCUAAAUAUUCUGACGUUGAAUAAUACCCCUGCUAUGGCUUCCGACGAUGCCAUUGAACUCCCGACCAAAGAAGCCGUAACAGAAUGUUUCGACUUCAUUAGAUACGAAUUGAACGAUCCUAAGGGCGGGGUUGGCUUCAUGCAAGGAAGAAUCGACGACGGGGAUUUCGCUGGUUUACUGGAUUUUUCUAAGAGCUAUGACUUGGAAUUUCGCAAACGCCGAUUUGGUAAUGCUAAGAAACUAUUGCAAGACAAAGAAGCAAAAUCCAAGGCGACGGAAUAUGCGAACGCCGUUACCUUUGACUUGAUUGGAAUUAAUCGAAGUUGUCGAAGUGGUCAGGAAAAUUCAGAUUCUGCCAACAAGUAUUUGCAAGAACUGAGAGACGACGUGAACAAAUUUUUAGCACUCGAGACAACAAUUCAAGUGAAGCCUUGAACGUCCAGUGGUUGUGGUUGUGAUCCAUUUCCAGAUUGAUAGCACACAUAUUGUGCUAUCCUUCUGACUCAAACUGAACGGGAAAUAGACGAAUUAAUACAAC